CGGUCGAAUGUAUCAACUCUCUGGAGAAGGAAAAAACAUAUGAAAAUAACUCGAUUCGGUGCUAUGCGACUAAGAUCUUCACAAAGAUACAUGGCUCAAGACAAGUCAAUUCACGAUGGCUCCAGUGAUCGAGGGAAGGCAGUGCUGCCAAUGAUCAAGAGCAUCAAUCCCGAUAAUAGUAAUGUCACCACAACAAAAGUCCCAAAUGCUCACAAAUCGAAAGGAAGGCUAAUGCAAAAUUCACACAAGAAUCACAAGUCAGAAACAUAUGAUGACUUGAAAUCAGAUUUCUCUCGUGAAAUUUUCAGUUCCUUGGAAAGUUAUCUCCCAACUGACAUGCUCACCAUCUCUCGUGCUGAAAAGGUUAAGUACAUGAGCAACAUUUUGCUCGAUUAUUUGCCACCAGGAAUGCGAAAUAGAGAUCAAAAGCAAAGAGAAUACAGACGCAUGAUACUUUCAAAUUAUAAGCCUCGACAUCAAGAGAUAUAUGUUGUUGAUCCUACAACUUUCUUUGUCCCAACAUUUCUUAAAGCAAUUUAUGAUAAUACAGAAGAAAGCAUUAGAAGUAUAGUGUCUGAGCCUGCUCCAGGCAUUUUUACAUUUGAGAUGUUUCAACCACACUUUUGUGAGUUAUUGAUAUCUGAGGUUGAAAAUUUUGAGAAAUGGGUUAAUCAAACAAAUUUUCAAGUUAUUCGUCCCAAUACAAUGAAUAAGUAUGGUGCUGUACUCGAUGACUUUGGCCUUCAAACCAUGCUUAACAAGCUUAUGGAAAGUUUUAUUUGUCCUUUGUCUAAAGUUUUCUAUUCAGAAAUUGGUGGAUCAACUCUGGAUUCUCAUCAUGGGUUUGUUGUUGAAUAUGGUAAAAAUAAAGACACUGACUUAGGUUUCCAUGUUGAUGACUCAGAGGUAACCUUGAAUGUUUGCUUGGGUAAACAAUUUUCUGGAGGAGAAUUAUUUUUUCGCGGCAUGCGGUGUGAAAAACAUUUACGCACAGAAACUCAUCCAAAGGAAACCUUUGACUAUUUCCAUGUCCCUGGACGAGCUGUGCUUCAUCAUGGACGUCACCGCCAUGGUGCUAGAGCUACAACAUCAGGUCAUCGUGUCAAUCUACUUUUAUGGUGUAGAAGUUCUGGUUUUAGAGAGAUGAUGAAGUAUAAAAAAGAUUUUUCUACUUGUUGUGCAAAAUGUUAUCAAGAGAAAAGUAAAAAGAUGCUCCAAUCAAUAGAAGAGGUAAAAUCGGCAUUGUCCAAGAAGGAAGGCAAACAAAUUACUUUAUCUAUUGGUGAUAAGCCUAAAGACAAAAGAACUACAUCAUCAUCUGUUGGUGAUAAGCGGAAAGGCAAACAAAUUGCAGCAUCUGUUGGUGAUAAGUGUAAAGUCAAGAAAACUGCAUCUAUUAGUGAUAAGUGGAAAGGCAAACAAAUUUCAUUAUCUGAUGAUGGUGAUAAGUGGAAGUGGGGGCUCAAAAAAUAA